AUGCGCUUCGGUCAGAUUGCCUCGCUCCUUGUGAGCAUCGUACCAGCUGCCUUCUCAGCACCAGUUGAGGAACGUCAGGCUUGUGGUACUGGAAUCACUCCGGCUGAGGCAGCCAGAGUGCAGGCCUCGUUCACGUCUGCUGGCAUUGUCCCGACCCUCAUUCCCACAAUCCAGCCCAAGGUCAAGCUUUCGAUCACUUACGCAACGAAGAAUGUCGACCUAGGCACACAGACGUCAACUCUCGACACCCUUUUGCAGCCCACCUUCUCAUUCACCGCCGAGCCGGGUGCUCCUGCGGAUGCCACCUACUCUUUCUUCAUGGUCGACCCAGACGUCCCAGGUCCCCAAGGUGCUCCGGUCCUAGGUGUCCGAAUCAAUUUCCUCCACUGGUACAUCUCGGGUGUGAAACCAUGCACCAGCAGCGGCAACACUGUCACCUUCUACGAGCUGCCAACGCCCGCGAGUCCGUUCGAACAGCAUCGCUAUACUUGGCUCGUCUACCGCGAACCUGCUGGAUACAAGCCCAACGUUAUCCAAGCUCAGGUCCGGCCAACGUUCGAUUUGCUCGGAUACACCACUCGUGGUGGCUUAGUUCUCCAGGACCAGUCCCUGGAUUGUGUCUGCCGAGUAACCUCUUGCCUGAAAGACAAAGGCCACCCAUGUUGCUUCGGUGAUUGGCAUAACGGAUUCGUGGUUCAAAUUUCAAUCCUGGUCGUGGUAAUGGAUCCAAAAGCUGACAAGAUUCCUUGUAAAAGUUUGCUUCGCGCGGGUGUAAUGCCUAUGUCUUUCCAGGCGAAGAUGCAUGGUGUAACAGACGGCAGUCACACGGUCCACAGGCAGAUGCAGUCGAAAAGUGUCUACAAGUUCUCCCCCAGUACCCGGUUCCCGCGUAUCAUGGCAAUGAACGAUGGCCUUCGUAUGGGCAACUGA